UCUGUGGGAUGUGACAAACUAAUCUUAUGUACAAUAAAUCUGCCCUGCUGUGGCUUUUGGGUAAAAUCCUAAAAAAAAAAAAAAGUUCAACAAAAUUACUUUGCAGAAGAGCAUGUUAGCUUUGUCAGAAUGCAAAUAUUAGUGCUAGGAAGAUCUGUGUUUUUCUAAAGCAGGUUUGUUUUCAAAGUUUACAUCUGUUAUUCUACAGUUGCAUUUCCCUUUACAUGACCUGUUGUUGCAUUGAUUCUUCAAUGACCAAGAGCCCUGUUAACAUUGCUCUAACCUCUAGAACCAUGCCAUUUUGAUUUUUAAAACCAAGCACUUUUCUCCCAAGUUCAAUCACUUUAAACAUAAGCAGAUGCUUCCUCCACUAUGCUGCACAAGCACUACAGUGACCUGCUGCUGUACUUGGACCAUCAUUGAUGUUGAGACGAAGCACAUGGUAAAUGCCAUAGAAGUGCACAAUAGUCUGGUUUACCCUCCCAAGAUGAGUGUCAUGCGUGUAUUUUGCAGGCUGCCCUGCAAUAGGGAAUAGGAAGAAUAGGUAGGACAGAAAUUUCUGGGGCUUGUGGAGUGGCAGAGCAGAACUUUAUAGUUAAUGUGUUGGUUUGUUUUUCAACCCUUCAGAACUGUACCAUGACAGCAUGGAUCCCUGAAUAGCACAUUUAAACACUUGGGUUUUUUCUUCCCUAGACUUGUGAAGCAUAGACUGAAAGCAACUGUUUUAAAUGCAAUGCUUGUUGGGUAUUUGCACAAAGACUUAUAUCUAGUGAGGCCUUCCCAGUCAUUUUCUCUUGCAAAAGACACCACAAAAUCUAUUGAUACCCAUCUAGCUAACCAGCUGUGUGCUUUUCUGUGGAGAAUUCAGCCCAUGUGGGAGCUCAGGGGAGCAGAACAUGGCAGGAGUUACGCUAGGCUUACCAUGCCUCGAGGACACCUCAUUUGGGGCAGUAAAUCAGAAUAAAACCAACUACAAACAAGGCCCCUCUCCUGGCUUCUGAAGAGGAUGGUGUUUGUUUCAGCAGUACCAACACAUUCUUGGAUCAAUACCUGGUUUAGCAGGGGGUUCACAGUGCCUGUUGUGCUGGAGCCCAGCAGCCUGGCUCCACCAUGGGGUUCUGCGUUGGCUCUUUGUGGGGUCUCCUCAGCCAGACGUGCAGCAGGUGCAAUGCUCUCCUCAGGUUUCUUUACUUUUUUUUUUUAAUCCUCGGGUGCUGAUGUGAUGUUUUUUUUGCUGCCGAGCUGGUAGCUCUGUAGGAUUAACCACAACCGUCCAGUGCAGGAUCCUCCCUCAGGCGGUUGGGGGGGUGGGGGGCCGGCCGUGCCCGGGCCUCGAACCGCGGUAGUGCCGCAGCCCGGCCUCGAACACCGGAAGAGCCGGAUUGUGGCGGGCUCGGGACACCUGGCGCGGGAGGGGUAUGAGGAGAAGGUCCCCGCUCUUCUGAGGCGCUGGCCGGGUCGGGUGAGCGGAGCCAUCCCGGGCUGGACCCCGCCUCGUCUGGGUCGCCCUCAGACCGCGGCUUUAAUUAGCCAUGGGGCAGAGCGGCUUUCCUGCGGCCAUCUGCAACCCCAAUGACAGGCGGCGUUGCUAAUCGCGGGGGAUAAGCUGCUUAUGGCGACCCAGCUGCAGCUGAGGUUUGGGCAUUAGGGUUUGCCCCUGCGCUCGGAGGCACAAAGAGGUAUCUGUCCUGUCCCUGAGGUUCUGGCGAGGCCCAGCGGCGUGUCCAGUGGCGGCUGACGGAGUGAGUAAGUGCCCAUGAGGAGAGGAGUGUUGGGUGCCAUCAGGGGUGCUGAGCCCUGGGGUGUGCGCCCCAGCUGUGCCGGCUGCCCCAAAUGGCGUCCCCGGGCUGGGGCCACGGGUGAUGCCCUCCCGCUGCCACCACCGCUCCCAGCACGGCGGCUGGUUCUCAGCUGGUGGCACACGAAGCUGUUCCUCAGCUUGCAAAGCAGCGACUGUCCUCUCUGUGGUUCAGAGCUCUUGUGUGUGCCUGUUGAUCCCAAAGUGGCAACGAGAGGCUCAUGCGAUGGUUGGGUCUGUGGGACUGAGCAGUGGGGGAAAAGCCUUUUUUUCUAAGGCAGGUGAAGCGGGAUCUUGGACCAACCACUGGUCCCACCUUGCAAGGUGAAAUGGAUCAGCCCUGGUCUGCAGGGAUGGGAAAAUUCACCUUGUCUGUGUGGUACUUUUCAUGUUUGCUAUGGGUUUGUCAUUGUCAUCAUAAUGCUAAAAUGCAUUCACUUGAAAGAGGUUGAUUUACUUUUUCUGAGCUGUGCUAUUUCCUUCUUUUUGCUUAUAACAGAAAUACAUAGAUCAGCUUAAUGUUUGUUUGCUUGAUUGGAUUUGUUUCAGGUUUUAAUGCAUUAGUGUGUUGCUGUAAAGUGUAUAGAGCAAGCAUGCAUAAAAUGUUUUAGUUGGAAACAUCAAAGCUAAUAUGAAAUCCAUUGGUCAUGGAUUUUGCAGUUCGCAAAAUCUGUGGCUUGCCUGGAAUAUCUCUUUUGGCCUUAGAAGGAGUUUUUAAAAAGCACUUCACAAAAUCUUGUUGCCUUUUGAGUAAGAUGAACUACUCCUCAGAAGUGGUUACAUUGAAGUCCUGAGUGGCAGACAAACAUGAUUUUAAAAGCCACUAUCUCUUCCUGAUCUCAAUGAGACCGAAAUUAGGAAUGAGUGAGGUGAAGAACACCACAUAAAGUUAUCAUGGCAAUGUGUUGAGAACCUGGUACCUGGCACAAAGAACUGAAAUGGAGAACUGAAAACUAUGAGUUAUCACAGAAAUAGAUUAUGUCCAGGUUCUUAAGCAUAAAAGUAGUCCAGUGCCAGGUUCCAGCUGUUCAUGGAGCAAAACAGCAGUGACAAACAUGAUGGUUUCGUGUCCUUUCACAAUUCAAAUCCUUUAUAACACCAUUUUGUGAUACAUUACUAGUCGUCUGGAUAUUCCAGGGAUGCAAGGAACGCUUCUAUGGAACACUGGUCCACUGCUCUUUGUGGUUAUUCUUCAUGCAGUGAUAGGCACCAUAAAGAAGGCUGCCAUGCUUUGUCUGUUCACUCUGUAGUUGCCAACUUCUGCUUGUCUGCAAAACAAAAAAAAUGGGAUCUUUCUGUUGCUGGUACACUUGGUGAUGUAUGAAAGGCAGUGACUGCAGUUCCCAAGGAUAACUGCAACGCUGCACGACUAUCUCCAGUUGCUUUAGUAAUUUACUCCCCAGUUUGUGGUGAUUACUGGAGGAGUUUGCCUGUGAGAAGGACAGGUGGUCUGUUCGCAAACAGGGGUGACCGAGGCUCAGAUGUUUUCUUAGAAGAGAAUGAGAUAAACAGUUUGGAGACAGUGCAAUUUGACAGGCAGCUUUCUGGUGUUCAAAUACAUUUGAAAAAGACAGCGGGCAUUGAUUUCAUAGACCGUGCUGUCUCUCUUUUCAGGUUGACUAGGGUUUUUUAAGAUGGUAUAGGUGAGUGUGUCUUUUCACAAUUCCCUUUUCAUUUUUUAAAAGAGGGGUGGAAAAGAAUGGUGGUGAGAAUGACAGAGUGAUUGACAACUUGCUUUUAAAGUUUGAAGGAAUGAAAGCACAGUCCUGUCAAAUUGCACUUACCACUUAUCAGCAACUUACAAAUUUGUGCUCAGCAUGAGACUUAUAUGUAUAACCAUCUGACUUGGUGGCUAGACUGCAAAUUAGGUCUCCUAUCUAUGCUGUAAUUCUUCUAGGUUAGAAGACAAUGUAGAUUCUCUGUAUGUGUAAACAUGGUUUCAUCCUUUAGUGUGGACAAGAAUAAAUUUGCCUUCCUAGCCUAGAGCCUUUGCAUGGCUGUAGCGAGAUACGUGAACAAAUUUUCAGUUGUUAAGCAAUGAAACAGUAUCUUAAGUCAAGACACUACCUUUCAUGUCAGCCCCGGGGAAAAUACAAGUGUGGAGGAGAUCUGAGCUCGAUUUCCAGUCAAUGAAGAGGGGUAAGCAUUGUACUCAGCUGGAACAAUGUUGCUCUGACUUCUGUAAAAACGUUUGCUUUUAAACCUGUUCUUUUUGGUGUCAGGUAGAUCUAGUUAAUUGUAAAGCAUUCUCCAAAACCAGGUACGGACUACGCCGUCUUGGCAGGAGGAUAAUUCAUCUUGCUAGCAACAAGUUCUUUUUGAGGCUGCAGGUGUACGCACAAUGCUGGAAGUCUUUGUUUUCUGUUGAGAACUGAGUCUGUCCCCUUCAAUCAUUUCUGCUCUGCCAGGCUUGUUUGUCUGCUGAGAAAAAGGAAGGGAGUAGUGUCUGUAAUACUUUCAGGACUGAAGCUGGUAGAUUGGAGACAAGAAAUUUGUAAGCAAAAUAACCCAAAGCCUUUGGUAAACUAGGGAAGGUGUGAUGAGAAAUAUGCUUGCUCCUUUGUUUAUAUUUCUUCUUAUUUUUCUUCAGAGCAAAGAAACAUUCAGAAGAAUGAGAACGUUGAUCUGUAUUUGGGCUGCAGCACUUGGUGUAACUCCUGGCCAGAGAGCAGAAUGAGGCCGACUGUGUGCUGCAUCUCCGUCAGCCGGGAAGAGAGAUCCCAGUCUGAGACAGACUAAUCUCUCCUGCCCUUCUCAGCCAUCCCAGAUACCACCAGUCAAUUCUCCAGUUCCUGCUUCUUGCAGCAGAAUAAUCUCUGCUCGUGGCUGCAGCACAGCUCUAAGUCUGUGGCUCAUGGGAUUCCCCAUCUUGCUUUGUCAGUGCUCCCUGAUGUGAAUCUCCCUCAGAUACACCCACACCUUGAGUUAAGAAGGAAGAAGGAAUAAGAGUAUUGAUGUUCUUCAAUAACACUCUCAGAAAGCUGGUAGCUGCUCCAUACACACUGCUUGCCAUCACUGUUUAGAAAGAAGGAACAAGAAGAGUGACUAUCCAGUGGAAAACCAACAGCAUUGGCCUCCUGCUGCUUCUUGUAUGGAUCCUGCAAACCCUUCACUAGUCACUGCAUGUUUGUCAUCUCGUACUGUAGAUUCCUCUCUUAGGCAUGAAUUAGUGGUGUGUCCUUCUUCAAGGAGUUCAACUGAAAGUGUGAAUACUUGUAGGUCAGCCCUGCCCUUUGGGGAUCUCGAUCCAUCUAGUUUGGAGUCCCUCCAGUCUCUUUUGCAAUCCUCACAGAUUUCUGCUAGAUUGUACUGUUCAAUCCAGAGGCUUAAGCAAGAAACUGCUUUGAUGGGGAUAUGGGGCUCUCUCCCUCUGGAGCCCAAGUCUUCUCCAGUCAGUGGCAGUUUGUGCUUUGCUCCUGAUGGUUCAGCUCCCAGUGUCCUGACCCCAGGAGAACAGCUAGCUGGAGUGAAGACCAGUGCUGCUCAGGCGAGACUGAAAUGGGGUGCACCAUUCGCUAAAGACUGGAGCCUUAAUGCAGUGACAAGAGACUUGUCUGUCUGUCACAGAUACGGAUACAUUGACUCUAACACAUGGAGACCCAAAAUUUCAGGUGCCACACAGCCAGAAACCCUCUCUUCUGGGGUGGGCUCUAACAGGCUAGUGGAUACAGAAGAAGAUUCCUCCUACAAUUGCUCCCCUAAUGUCAGAUACCAAACCCAGGCAAAGCCAGCUCUGGAAACUGGUGGUCUUUAUGUUCAGACAAAAAGUCAUUCCCCUGAAAAGGUUCUUAAAGGAGAAGAGACAUCUGAUGGGGCAUCUCUGUGUGCUGUAUCUUGGAAGAAAGACCUUCCAGCCAGUCUGUAUCCAGAGAGUCUGCAGGUGUCAGUAGAGACAGAUUUUGGAGGGGCUCAGAUGAACGUUGGUGUAGCCAUGUAUGGGACUCCAAGGGACGUGUGUGUGAGAGUCACUUCUGGAGAUAAUGAGUUUAGACCGGUCCGGCAGCUUAGUAUUAAAUCUGUAGAAGUCAACAACUCUGAUCAUCAUGUUAAGUCGAGCAAAGAGUCAGGAGAAGUGUGUGUCUCUAGAUCACGAGCAUCCAGAAUGGCUGUGGUGAGCAGCAGCCAGUCCAGCCUUCAUGUUGAAGAAGGCUUUGUUGAAUAUUCUGACGCAGAAUGUAUGAAUGUGAGCAGAGAAGGAAGCAGAAACAAAAACUCCCACCAAAGCAGCUGGAGAAAUUGCGAAGCUCAUGCCAAUCGUGACCGGUCUGAAGAAACUUCUGUGGAGAAGAGUGCCAAAGAACCACGGUGCUGUGAAGAAGGGAGCCAGGCACAGGAAACUGUGUCUAGAGAGGUCUCUGAGAACGAUUUCUGGUCACUGAAUGUGAAUGACCAAAGUUUCCAGCACUCGUGUGACAGACAAAUGCUAACUAGGUGUUUCCAAGCGUGGCGUGGACACAUCCUCUGGAAAAGGGCUGCAGCCAGGUGGCUUUACAGACAGCAGCUGCUUCGGAAGGGCCUUGGCGCUUUGCAGCGGGCUGUGCACCAGAGGAGGAUGCAGCUGGAGGUGGCCCAGCAGAGAUGUGCCUCAGCUCUGCUUGCUGUCAGCUUCCGUAGGUGGAAGGAAGCUGUGGCAAAACGGAGCAAGAAGCAAGAUCCGCAGCCUGAGUCAUAUUCUUAUACCCAAAGUUCAUCGGUGGGGUUUUCUGGAGUAGGAAGAUUAGCAACUAUGACAACCUCAGCUCAGCACCAGCUUACAGGAGGAUACUCAAAGGAAGCUGAGCAGGCUUGUAGGGUGGAGGGAGCACUGUGGACGCAGCUUCAUCGUAAGGAGAGAGGAGAUGAGUUGUGCUACAGAGUUCAAGCAAUCAGAGAUAUGAGACGAUUGGCUGCAGCUUUCAGAUUGUGGCGCCUGCAGAAGGAGCUGCUGAGCAAAGAGGAAGCCAGGCUUUUAGAAGCCCGUGCUCUGCUGGAAAAGAAGCAGCUACAAAACGUUUUCUCAUUGUGGCGUUCGCGAUGCUUGGAGGUGGGACAGAUUUUAGCACUGACAAGUCUGAUCCAAAGAAACUUGGUCUCUCGGUGCUUCAGUGCAUGGAAGGAAUCUGUUGAGCAGAAGGUGCUUUACAGGUGCAACCUGUCGCAUCUCAAAGCAGGAUCACUAAGGAAAUAUUUCCAGCGGUGGGUUCAGAUGCUGCAGGUCAGAGGUGGUGAUAAGCAGGCAAUGGUGAACUUCUUCCUCCUACAAUGGAGGCAGCAUUAUGGACCAGUUACAAGCUCUGUAGCUGACAAGACUGCAACAAAGAGGCAUGAAGAUCAGCCCUUGUGGCCAGUAAAGAGACGGUUUCCUGAGAAAACAGACUGCUCUCUUGAUGACUUCUGCCAAAAGGUGAAGCUCCAGAGAGUAUAUCUGCUGUGGAAAGCAAGGCUGUGCAAUCACCACAGAGCUGAUUCCUUCUCUCAGGCUUUGGAGCAGUGUAGACUCAGAAAAGCUCUGAAAUUAUGGCACCAAAAGUGUCUCAUGCUGAAGACAGUUGAACAAAGUCCUAAGCAUUCUCACAGGACUGUCUAUGAAGAACCUCUUGCCAUGCUGUUUUCUGAGGACCUCUCAACAUCUUCUGGCUUUGACAGCAGUGCUCCAGCUACUCUGGCCUCUCAGAGCUCUUUGGAAAAGGAGUACAGUUUUAGUGACAGCAGCCAGCAGAGCUGCUCCUCUGUCCUGACUGCUGAGGAUGUUGCACACGUGCCGUAUCACGGUUCUUUCCUGGACUUACACCAGAGCGCAGAGCUGCCAGCUGAGCCGGGUGGGGAGCUGUACUUGCAGGCAUCCUUUCCUCCACAGAGUGCUGGAUCUGAAAGAAAUUGGUUUGUGGCACGUCAGUUCCAGUCUUUGGCACUACAAAGUCCAGACAACAAUGUCCAGCAUCUCACCAGUUACUCUACAUGGGAAGAGGACUGCAGUUCUGACAAGGAGGUGAAGAGUUCCUGGCAUCAAACAGAGAAAUGCUGCCUGCAGAGAUACUUCAUUGUCUGGUCAGCUCGAACUCAGCAACUUGUAAAGGCUGAGCAGUUCUGCAGGCUUGUUCAGCUGUCUCGAGCCUUUUUCAGCUGGCACCACUGGGUUGUGGAAAAUAAGAACCGAAAAGCAGCAGCAGCCCUGGAACAUCGAGUUCACUGCUGCCAGAUGACUUUCAGCCUGUGGAAGAAGAGACUGGCUCAGAAGGUGGAAGCUGACCGGAGAUUCAGGCGUCACAUUCAGCAGAUCACUGCUGAUGCUCUGUGGCGUUGGCAUUCCUGCUGGCAGAGGAAUCGUGCUCUGAGGGAGCUGCAGCAGCAAUGGGCUCAGCACAGCUGCCAGGAGAAAAAGAGGCUGGUCCUGCAAACAUGGUAUUGCCAAACAAGGAAGCAGAAAUAUGCUGCUUUAUUCUGGAAACGUCUUCUGCUGCACAGGUGCCUGGUCAGCUGGGCCCAGGUCACUGCUUGUAGACUGAGGCAGCACGAAGCCCUUUCUUAUUUUAAAAGGGUCAGAGAACACCGUCUCCUAGUUGUGAGCUUUACUGAGUGGAGGGUAAAACUCUUGAGAGCUGAACAGCGGGUCCUGGGAGAGAAAAACCACAAGGUGCAGGAACCCUCUCAGGGUAAAGCCUGUCACCGUUGGCGGUUGGCCUCAAGAGGACAGCAAGCCCUGCGCCUGGGAUCUGUGGCCACCAUAAAACAGGCCUGCAACUACUGGACAAAAGCAGCUGCCUUUUCCCAGUGCUCACGGCAGUGCAGUACCCUGAUUGGUGCCAGGAAGAGCAGGAAGAUGUCGCUGUCUUGGUCCAUGAAAAGCAGAAGUGGCAGAGAAAAGGAUUCAGCAUCAGCUGCCCCUGGGCUUUUUCCCAGUGCCAUUCACCGCUGGCUGGUGAUCUACAGAAAUCAAAGCAGAGCUGAAAGGCUGCUGCCUCCUCACCUGGUAGAGAGAUCUGGUGUGGUAGGACCCUCUCCUGCACACACAAGGAUCCAGGAGAACAAAGCAGAAGCGGACUUGGAGGAGUGGAAUGAGAAGUGGCUUGGGAAGAAGUACCUGAGAUGGUGGCAUCACACGGCAAUACUUUGCCGGUGCCAGCGUGACAGGAGACUGCGCUGUCUGGCAAGGGGAUGGCAUCAGUGGAAGGAAGCCAGCAGGGUGGUGAUGCUGGCUCAGGCGUUGGACCGGCAGCGGCUGAUGGAAAAGGCCUGGAGAGUGUGGAGACGACAACAUUUGCAAAGCUGCGUGGUGCAGAAUUUUUUGGAGAAGGAAGCCAGGAGCCUACUGUCUCAGGCCUUUGGAAGGUGGCGCCAGCUCACAGCAUUCCAGCUCAAGGACAAAGGCUGCUGCUGAAUGGUGGGGGCCUGCCUGCAGCUGCUGCUCAUUUUGGACACGUGGAGGAUACAGCUGGCUGUCACAACAAAGAGCUGGUCCUGAGCAAUCAGGAAAGCAAAGGCUCUGCUCACGUGAUAAAAGCAGUGCUUCUGGCACAGGAUAGCCAAAGGACAACUGGGAAGAGAUGGUACCUAGUGAAAGGUCCUCUUUAAAGAACUGAUAUCCUACCUCCCUACAGGCACAAAUUUGAGAAGUUAUUCCCUUUUGUUGUAGGGUUGCAUUCCCUUCUCCUCUGGACCCUGAUUUUGCUGGACUUCUGAUUAAAGGUCAAAAAAACACCUUA